CAGUGACGCCGCGUUCGGUGCUUGGUGGAUGGAAGAAGCUUUGAAUCCAGCAGCUCAAUCCGGUGGUAACAACUCGUUUGUCAGUCGAGAAGUGCCCAUCGUACCUACACAGGUGCCCUCACAUACUACACCUCCUCAAAGCACCAUUUUCUGAGUACGUGCCAUUUUGUGGCGAGUUUGAAUCGUUUUAAUUGAUCCCCAAUCACCCCUCCACCACAAAUAUCAUCAACAUCCACUUCAAGAAACGAUGGCGAACUCAGGACCUUCAUAUGGACUUAGCAGAGAAUGUGCUUUGAAGGCUCAGGCCAAGUAUGAUGUUUUCCGAGCUCAACAAUGCGUGAGCUGGAUUGAGGCUGUCCUGGACACUUCUCUGGACUUGGAGGCUGGGGCCGAGGAUCAGGCUGCCUUUGCAGAUGCUCUCAAGGAUGGAUCUCUACUUUGUCAGUUGAUCAAUGCCCUUCAUCCUGGAGCGGUGAAGAAGAUCAACACCAUGAAAGCUCCUUUCAAGCAGCGUGAGAACAUCGAGAUGUACUUGAAGGGCUGUGAGGCAUACGGUCUCAAGACGCAAGACCUCUUCCAAGUCAAUGACCUCUAUGAGCAUAAGAAUGUCUAUAUGGUUGUGGACAACAUAUUCGCUCUCGGCGGCUUGGCCCAGAAAAACGGGUUCAGCGGGCCGGCCUUGGGCGUGAAAUUCGCUUCAGCCAACAAGCGCGACUUUGACGAGGAGACCCUGAAGAAAGGCCAGAGCGUGAUCGGACUCCAGUACGGCACCAACAAAUUGGCCUCGCAAGCGGGCAUGACCGCCUACGGCACAGGACGUCAAAUCCGACCCGAUGAAUUCGCCAAACUUCACGGACAGAACCAGAGGUCUUAAGAGUAAAAGUCGAUCGAAACCUUGGGAAUAAGGGGAUUUCGGACCCCGUUGUCGAAGAUGCUCUCACAGUAUUGAAGUGAAAUUUGAUGAAGACCCUCCCUCCCUCCCCAUGGCCAGCCACGCCUCCCCAAAUUGCUCGUAGCCCACGCUCAGGGUCUGGUUGAAAUGUCGUCCGACCAGUGAUUUAUAAUGGUUCAUUUUCCUUUUCCGUUCUUUUUUCCCAAAACUUUCCUUUCCCGGCUCUGUGUUUCUAAUAGACUAUUUUGAUCAGCCAGCUCUCUCUUACUUUUAUAUAAUUAUGAUAAUAUUUCGCUUUACCAUUUUUUUUUUCAAUCCAGCAAUGUUUUCCUUACAUGCAUUACAAAUAUAUCAUCAUGGUGCUUUCUAUUUUGAAUUCGAGAAAUGCAAAUACAAAAAUACGAAAAUUUUGUCGAAGAAAA